CCUGGCAACCCACCAUUUUCCAUCUUACUCCAAUGGAACAGGUUUCUAAAGAUCCACGUGACUCCCUCCCCCCCGAGUGAGGCUGUGCUGCAGGUCUGCAUCCGUGAAGAAAGUGUGAUGACUCAGGGAGCCAUCAGGAAAGAGCAGGAUGCUGUCUGCAGUGUCAUUCCCUUCUGGCCAUCUGCUGCAGUUGGCACCGAGACGAGACUCACUUUACCAUCUGCGACCUGGAAGAAGGACGAUUCCGGUGAAUCGAAACCCAGAGGGAAAAGGUCCCGUUCAGACAGGUACCCUGUGACUCGGGACAGGAUCGAAUUCUCACUCUGGGAAAGGUUGGCGAGACCCAGAAGCAGCAGCUCGCCUGACCUGCCAAGGGCAACGCCGGACAGCGAUCGGAAUUGGCCGGCGGGCAGGAGAGUGCCACUGGGGAGGCUCCCGCUCCCUCUGGAAGAGGCCACCCCGGGGAGACUGAGGAGGGGCGCCCCGCGACCACGAAGCGGGGUCUACAUCGGCGACCAGGCAGCUCGCUGGAAUCGGGUGAAGGCUGACCUCGCCUUGCCGAGCGACGAGGAGGUGGCCAGAGUUUUGCUGGAUGUGUUUAUAGAGAAGCGAAUGCAUCAGCCGGGUCCCAGUCACACCGUCCAGGAGACUGACCUCGAUGUCGAGGCAGACGUUUCUCAUGAUUCCGCCAAGGAGGACAACGAACAAGUUGACUUGGAUAGUGUCCCAUCGCUGUCAGCGGGAUCGGAAUCGACUGUAACCUUAUCGCACCCCAGCAGUAUCGGCAGCAUGGAGGAUGAGACGGACAACUCCCUGUUCAGCGGCGCAGGUUCCACCUCGGACAGCGUCUCCAAAUAUCCGCUGGAGGAGAGCAGCCCCAGAGCGAAAGCAGAACCUGCCGAGCGGGAGCCUUACAGCGAGGGUCUUGGGUACGGCCACCACCACGGUUCCAAAGACAGGCACCCUGAAACAAAAAGCACCGAGACGGACCGAGUGGUCCCAUCAGAGACGUAAGUGACAACAGUGUCCCUUUCGCCAGGUCCUCUCCCAUUCACAAGCGAGGAGCGGACGUGUCGCCACGAUCACAGCACCGCACCAGCCCGCGUAUCAUCAUUCAACUCCACUGCGAUUCUCUGCCCGUCAACCGUAUCUCUCGCCGCGCCUUAACUGGGAACAGUGUGUCGAUUAUCAAGCACCCCCCCCGCCACCCCCGUCUCCAGCUAUUGGGCGAGCCAACAGAAAAUGUGUCAAAUCCCAGUUAGACCGCCAAGCUGACCAGUUUGUCUGACUGGCUGCUAUUCCAGACGAAAGCUAUUCCUGCCCAAGUUUUGUCAUUUUUGGGAAAUAGCUAUUUAUUGCAACCCACUUUGUAAAGAAAGAGGGGGAGAAAAGGGUUGGGGUUGCUGUCAAACAGAUAGAUCUGGGAGUGCAAGUACAAAGUUCUUUGACAGUGGUGUUGCGGGUAGACAGGAUGGUGGAAGAAGGCAUUUGGCCUGCUUGCCUUCAUCGGUCAGAGCAUUCAGCACAGGAGUUGGGAUGUCAUGUUACAGGUGUACAAUACAUUGGUAAGGCUAAGUUCAGAGUACUGUGUGGAAUUUGAAUCCUUCCCUGGAGAGUAGGAGGCUGAUGGGUGACCUUCGAAAGGUUUAUAGAACCAUGAGGGGUCUUAAAUAGCCAGGGUCUUUUCCCCAGGGUAGGGGAGUCCAAAACAAGAGGGCAUAAGUUUAAGGUGAGAGGGGAAAGAUUUAAAAGGGACC